UUGCUAUUGUUUGUUAAACGUCUCCAGCCUCUGGGAAAAUGAAGCACGCUGUGCUUUUUUAUCAUUUUUAUAUGUUGAUUCUUCUUCUGUUAUUGCCAAUUUCCUGUGCAGCUCAAAGAUAUAGAAAUGUUUCGCUGGGCUCAUCUCUCAUGGCCUCUGAUGAUGACUCUGCUUCGCCUUCCUGGGUAUCGCCGUCUGGGGAUUUCGCUUUUGGUUUCAGAAAAAUUGAGAAUAAGGGCUUCUUACUAGCCAUCUGGUUUAACAAGAUACCUGAAAGAACUAUCGUCUGGUCAGCCAAUAGAAAUAAGUAUGUGCAGAGAGGAUCAAAGGUUGAACUUACCGCAGAUGGCGACUUUAUUCUCAGUAAUUCUACAGGAAAGCAGACGCGAAUUGCUGACCGAGGUGGUACUGCAGUUGCCUAUGCAGCCAUGCUUGACACUGGAAACUUCGUUCUAGCAAGCCAAGAAUCUGAAAAUUUGUGGGAGAGUUUUGAUAAUCCAACUGAUACAAUUCUUCCCACUCAGAUAAUGAAUCUGGACAUGAAACUCUAUGCUUCUAUCUCAGAUAAAAAUUUUUCAAAAGGGAGAUUUAUGUUCCACCUAACUGAUGGAAAUCUCCUGUUACUCACCACACAUUUCCCACAGGAUACAUCAAAUUCUGGUUAUUGGUCAACUCAAAAUUCUACCAUAGGUAGUGGCUUCCGGUUGAUCUUCAACCAGUCUGGCUUCAUAUACGUUAUAGCUAGGAACCAAACUAUACUCAAAAUGGUGUCAUCAGAUAGAGCAUCGACUCAAGACUUCUACCAGAGAGCAAUUGUCGACAGUGAUGGAGUUUUCAGGAGGUACAUAUACCCAAAGAGCACUGCUGCAAGCGGUGGGAAGUGGCCGAUGCGUUGGUCGACUUUGUUCUAUAUUCCUUCAAACAUAUGCCUGCGAAUUCGUGGAGUUACAGGCAGCGGAGCCUGUGGCCUAAAUAGUUACUGCAGUUUGGGAGAGGAUUCAAGGAAGAUGUGCCAGUGCCCUUAUGGUUACACCUUCCUGGAUCUAGAUGAUGUAAUGAAGGGAUGCCAGAAAAACUUUGUUCCACAGAGUUGUGAAAAAGCAUCUGAAGAAAUGGAUUUUUUUGAGUUAAAUGAGAUGCCUAAUACAGACUGGCCUCUAUGUGAUUAUGAAUAUUAUAAAGCAGUGAGUGAGGACUGGUGUAGACAGGUUUGCUUGAGUGACUGUUUUUGUGAUGCUGCAUUUUACAGAUAUUCAGAAUGCUGGAAGAAGAGAGCACCUCUGUCAAAUGGGAGGGCUGAUCCGACCACUGGAGGCAAGACCUUGAUAAAAGUAAGGAAAAAUUACUCCAGUUCACCUCCAGCUUCAAAGAAAACAGAAAAUUCGACAGUGAUUAACAUUUUAUCUGGACUAUUGGGUAGCUCCGCCUUCCUAAAUCUCUUAUUUCUUCUAUCAACCUGCAUUUUCCUCUACUUCUUGAAUCGAAGGAAGCUGAAAAUAGUUCAGCCACAAAAAGGUAUGCCAGCCUUAAACCUGCAAAGUUUCACUUACAAAGAAAUAGUGGAAGUUACAAAAAGCUUCAAGGAAGAGCUAGGGAGGGGUGCUUUUGGAACUGUUUACAAGGGAGUCUUAGCAAACGAGAAGGAAAACUUGGUUGCAGUCAAGAAGUUAAACAAGGAAGUGAGUGAAAGUGAAGAAGAAUUCAAAGCAGAAAUGACAGCAAUUGGGCGAACAAAUCACAAGAACUUAGUGCAGUUGCUGGGAUUCUGCAAUGAGAGGCAACAUCGCCUUCUUGUAUAUGAAUACAUGAGCAAUGGUUCUUUAUCAGACUUCUUGUUUGAAGAAUCGAGGCUGAAUUGGUGCGAAAGGAUGCAGAUUGCUUCUGGAACAGCCAGAGGGCUGUUUUACUUGCAUGAAGAAUGCAUCAAUACAAUCAUACAUUGUGAUAUCAAGCCUCAAAAUAUUCUCUUGGAUGACUAUCUUACAGCGAGGAUAUCUGAUUUUGGGUUGGCCAAGCUGUUGAAGGUGGAUCAGACUCACACCACAACUAAAAUUAGAGGAACCAAAUGAUAUGUUGCCCCAGAAUGGUUCAAGAACCUGCCUGUCACAUCUAAAGUUGAUGUUUACAGCUUUGGAAUUCUACUACUUGAGCUUGUUUGCUGCAGAAGGAAAUAUGAUGUGAAUGCCAAGGAAGAAUGUGAAAUUGUACUUGCAGAUUGGGCAUAUGACUGCUUUAAGGAAGGUAGAUUGGAGUUGUUAGUGGAGCAUGAUGAAGAGGCAAUGGAAGACAUGACGAGGGUAGAGAAAUUUGUGAAGAUAGCAAUCUGGUGCAUUCAGGAGGAUCCAUCACUAAGACCAACCAUGAAGAAAGUUUCUCAGAUGAUGGAAGGUGCUGUUGAAGUCUCCAUUCCUCCUGAUCUAUAUUCAUUUAUCAGUUUAUAA